AUGACGAAAGAAAAGCUCAUUAAUUCCACUUCGGCGAUGAUGGGACUCGACCGGUUCGAGUUACGGUUGUUGCAUUAUUUUGACAAGUUUUGUGUUCCGGCAUUUUCCUACGGAGUGAAUAAAGAGGCUGAAAGGUUCUGGCAAACAUUGGUUCCAAAAGUCUUUUUCCGGUCUCGCUUGGUGCGGAAUGCUGUGUUUCUGUUCGCAUCGAUUUGUAUGUGGCCGCUUUUCGACAUGGAGACGUUAUUUCUGGCUGAUGUACAAGAGAUGAGAACUUUGUACCACAUUAAUAACCUAUUCGAAGUAGAAGAAAUUAAUUCGAAAUCGUUGACUUUUUUUGACUUGUCGCAGGACCAUGCAACCACCAACAAUUUGUACGCAAAAACACUUGAAUACUUUUCAGACCUAUUACUCGAGAGCCAGCGAAGAAUAGAGGGCUCUGAGAUGGCACUUAGUCCUCUGAGAGCCAUUGAAUUGAGUAUUUCCGGAACACUUAUAUUUCUGUUUUUGGGGCUCCAUCCUCAUAAUUUAGUCCCAAUACUAGCAUUUCAAUUGGAGGAAAACACCGAUGAAGACUCAGCUAGAACUUCAGUACAAGUUCCAGACCAUCAUAUCCAUGAAACAACCGAUUUUGUGUCGAUUUGCCGUGGGAUUCAAGUCAUAAAAGAGCACUGUUGCCUGAAAAAUAGCAAGACUUCGCCCUAUAAGGCGCCAAAAAAGUUCUCUUCUUUCCCAAAAGAAUCCAAAUUUGCUCUUAUUUCAAGGUUGAAUCGAGACUUGAUUGAAUAUUAUUCUAACUAUGAGGGUGGUGUGCAACAGAGUGGAGCAAUUGAUGUUCUCAAAGAAGCAAUUGAGCUUUUGGAAAGUGCGUUCCAUUACUCUACCAAACUAAACUACCCAUUGCCACUUUACAAGUGGCCCAUUGGCAUUCCAGAAAAUUUUGGUGCUCUUCUUCGACAGAGACACUUUUUUGCACUUCGAAUUUAUUACCUUUUUUCAUGCAUUAGUCUCAUGGCAAAGUUCUGUCUUUACCAUGAAAGAAAUAUGUGGCGAGACUUUAUAGAGUGGUUUCGCAAGUACAACUACAAAGGGUAUGGAGGAUGGGUUUACAGAUACGACCAAAGCUUCUACGACUUGGUGAUCAAGAAAAAGUACACAAUUCUGCUUACAGAUUUUAGGAGCUUAUACGACUUUGAUGCGAAGAUAAUGAUGUCACGAUGUGAAGAAAACUAA